AUGCAUUUAAAAAAAGUUGUAUCAAAAUUAAGAGAAUUGAAAGUAAAGUCAUUGGAAAAAUUUUCAGAUCUUUUAUAUCAUUAUGCCGGUUAUGUAUAUGAUAGACCUUAUACCUUUAUAUUUGGUAGUUUAUUUUGUUCUUUAAUAUUGACUAUGGGUUUUUACUAUAAAGAACAUGAGAAAGAUAUUUAUCGUUUAUAUUCCAUAUCUAACUCGUAUGCUUAUGAAACUAAUGAAACAAUCAAUGAUUUUUUUUAUAAAAGUAGAAAAUCAUUUAUUUUGAUUGAAUCUAACUGUAAUUUAUUAGAACCAGAUAUAUUAAGAGAAUUAAAAAAAUUUGAAGAUGGGAUUAAAGACAUAAGAGUAGAUUUAUCAGAAGUAAAUGAAUGUAAUAAAAAUUCUAAUAAUAUAGAAGAACAAAAUGAAGCAGCUAAAGAAGUAUUCCUAGCAUUAUCUGAAAAAAAAAAUGGACACACGAAAAAAUUGAAAAGUUAUGAAAAAAAAUAUAAUUUAAAUAUUAUGCAUGAUAAUCCUGUUGAGGUGAAUAAUGAAUUAGCAAAACAUAAAAUGAAAAAUGUCAUGAAGGAUAGUGAUUAUAAUGGGUUACAAAAAAAUGAAAAACAGAAAGAGGAAGAAGAAGAAGAAGAUCUGUUAAAUAGUUCUCUUUCAAUUAAAAAUAACUCUAUGCUAAAAGGAAAUGCUCUUUUAGAUAGAUCAUUUAAUAUUGAUUUAUCAGAUUACAAAAAUGAUAUUUUUUAUCCUUAUUAUUAUAUACCUCCAAUGCUUAAUAAAAAAGAUCGCUGUAAUUUGCAAAAUGUUUUCACAGAUAAAAAGUUAAACAUAGACCUAAGAGAAGCUAGUGAAGAACUAAAAAAGCAAAUAAAGUAUGGUUUAGAAGAUAUAUGUGAAAAAAAGAAUAAUCGAUGUAAUAUUAGUUCAUUAUUUUCAUAUUAUGAAGGUGGGAAUGCAAAAUUAGAAAAUCCAAUAAAAAUAGACAACUUAGAUUUUUAUGUAAAUAGAAAAACAUUUAAAGAAAUGAUGUUUAAAGGAAUAUUAGGUAACAUGCAAUAUACAAAAAAGGGUUCUAAAUAUAUAAUUACAUCUGCAAAUGCAAUUUUAUCAACAAUCCCUUUAUUAGGUUCCUAUACAUUUGAACCAUAUGUUUUAGCUUAUGAAAAAGAGUUAAUUGACUAUGUACGUUUUUAUAAUUUAGAUGAUAAAAUUAUAAAUAAAAAAACUAAUGAUGAUAAAAGCCCAUUCAUUCGUUUUCAUAUAUUUACUGAAAGAAGUUUAGAAGAUGAGGUUGAUAGAAUUUCAAAAAUUGAUAAUUUAACUCGAUUACUAUUCUUAAUUGGAGUUUUAUUAAUUUUUUUAUAUGCAUUAUUUAAUAAUGUUACUUCUGUUUUAUAUAGAAGUAAGCCAUUGUGUGCAGUCAUGGGAAUCUUUUGUGGAUUUUUAGGUUUUCUUGCAGGUUCAGGUUUUUUAUAUUUUUUAGGAGUAAAAUCAGUACCACCUGCAGAAACUGUUCCAUUUUUAGUUAUAGGAGUAGGAGUAGAUGAUAUUUUUGUUAUUUUAAAUUCAUACUCUCUAUUAUUUAUGAUUAAAGAUGACAAAAAAAGAAUUCAGAUAUGUUUAAAAGAUAGUGCACUUGCUAUAACUGUUACUACUUUAACUAAUAUAAUUGCUUUUUUAAUAAGUGCUAUUUCACCUUUUUAUUCUAUAUGUAGUUUUUCUCUGUUUACGGCUAGCUCAUUAUUUUUUGGUUAUGUUAUGGUUUUAACUUUUUUCCUUAGCUUUUUAUGCAUAGAAGCAAAAUUAGAAAAAAAGAAGAAAAAUAUUUUUUCAGGAAUUCUUAAUCUUUUAUGUUCUCUUUUUAAAAAAAAGACAGAACAAACAAACACAGUUACAAAUUUACAACAUGAUGAUGACUCAGCAAACAGGCCAAUUGAUUACGAAAAUAUUUCUAUAUAUGAAUGGAUACAUAACUUAUAUUUAUUUGAAGAAUCUAUUAAUAAGAAAAAAAAAAAUACAAUUUAUUUAUCGAAUGAAAGAAGUAGUAAAGAUCCAAAUAAUGAAAAUAUGAACGUACGUGAAAAUUUGCCAUCAAUACAUAUUAAUGAAAAAGAGAUAGAAAAAAAAUCGAAUGAAAUAAAUGAUUCUAUAGAAGAAAAUAAAGGAGAUAAAAAUAAAAAUGAUUUUGGCAGUGAUAUAUAUGAAGAUAUUCAAGAAAAAAAAAGCAUCACAGAAGGUUAUUCUAUUAACUUUAAAGAAUGUUUAAAUAAUAAUGCGAGUGUUCACUUUGAAAUGUGUAGCAGUAUUGAAGCUUCUACAAGAAAUGAAAAAUGUAUAAUAAAUGAUAUGGAAAAUGAUAUGAAAAACAAACAAAAUUGUAUUAAUAAUUUGUGUGAUUCAUCAAGUAAAAAUUAUAUGUCAACUAAUAAUGAAAAAGAAAAAAAAAGUAUUUUACAUAUGUUUAGAAAAGAUAAGAAAGAAAAGGAUAAUAUUUGUAAAAAAAUGAAAGAUACUAUUGAAGGAAAUGAUGAGGUUCAUAAAAUAGAAGAAAAUGAAAAUUUUAAUAAAAUUAAUAGCUCUAUUGAAUUAACUACAAAAGAUACAUUUAGUAACAUGAUUGAACCUAACAAAAAUAUAUACUUAUUAAGCUCACAUGAUAAUGCAUUAUUUUAUAAAUAUAUUUAUAAAGAACCAAAGGGUAACAUCGGCAAAUAUUUUAGAUCUAUAAUCAAAAAUUAUUAUGUACCCUUUUUAUCUUCUAAGUUAGGUAAAACUAUUGUGUAUUUUAUAUUUUCAUUUAUAAUUGCUUUAUCUAUAUACGGAUGCACUCUUAUGAAAAAAGGAAUCAAAUAUGAUAAAGUAUUUCCUACAGAUUCUUACGUUCGUCAAUUUACUUCUGCAAAAAUCAAAUAUUUCCCUCAUUUUGGUGAUCUUAUAGAAGUAUAUUAUUUUGAUAAAGAUUUCAUAAGUAAAUAUAGAAAAUUAAGAAAUGAUACACCUACAUUUUCGUCCUCUUAUCUAUAUUCUGAUAAAACUGAUCGUGAAAUGAUGAAUAAUCCUAGUAUAAAUAAAAAUGUACAUUGGGAAGAAAAUGCUAUACAAAGAGAAUUAUUAAAUAUGCAUAAAAACCUUGAAAAUCAAGAUUUUGUUUCUUCAGUUUUUAAUGGAUUUACAAUAUUUUUAAACAAGAAUAUUGGUUAUAUGAAAAAAGAAACUCCUGAAGAAUUUUACAAUAAAUUCGUUAAAUGGAUGAAAAGUGAUUUUUUAGCAAAACUAUUUAAAGAUGAUUUUAUUUUUUUAAAUGGUAAGUUAGUUGCAUGGAGGUUUCAUUAUUUUCAGCAAAACAUAGACGAUAGUGAAAUAUCAUCAAAGUGGCUAAAAGGUUGUAAAGAAAUUGCAAAAAUAAAAGAUUACAAUGUUCAAAUGGUAUGUUUUCAUUUAAGUUCAAUUUUUAAGGAGACAGAUGAAGCAAUAAUAGAAGUUACAUUAAAAAAUUUAGGAAUUACUAUUAUUACUAUAUUAAUUGUUACUGCUUAUAUUAUAAAAGGAUUUUAUUCAUGUGUAAUAAUUGCCUUAAUUAUUUUCUUAAUUGAUUUAUGUAUCUUUGGAUUUAUGUGCUUAUUUGGAAUAACAGUUAAUAUUAUUUCAAUGGUUAUUUUAGUUCUUUCAGUUGGUUUCUCCAUUGAUCAUACAUCUCAUAUAGUUCAAGCUUUUACUCACAGUCUAGGAAAGACAAGGGAUGAGAAAAUGAAGGAAAGCUUACAUUUAAUGAUAGGCCCUGUUUUACACAGUGGAUUAUCAACGUGGUUUGUCAUAAGUACUUUAUUUUUUUCUAAUAAAGAUUUUACUGUUAUUUUCUUUCAAACAUUAAGUUUGGUUUUAUUCUUUUCUAUAAUUUUCUCUUCAAUGUUUUUGCCUGUUCUUCUUUCCAACUUUGGUCCACUCUAA